CGAGGAGUAACGAAAAGUCAUCUCUGAAAAACGAUACUUUGGAGGGAGGGGGUGAAAAGAGGGUCAGCGGAAGUUAGCGGAAGCAAUUUUGAGAGAUGACAACGAAGAUAUUGGGUUAAGCGAUUCCUAUGAAGCGUGCAAAAUUCUAACAAACUAGACGCGUGCUAAAAACUCAACGAGCUUAUCUUUGCGCAAAGGACGCUUAGUGGAGUACCGCUUGCAAAUAAUGAUAAUUAAAUAGUUGAACUCUUACAGUGAUCACGCUCGCGAGAACAUCAAUCGCGAUUGAUUCAAUAAACGAGACAAUAGUUUCUUAUUGAGUAGAAGAAUAUUCAAUUUUACCAUGAGUUUUUGGAUGAAUUGUCCGUCCUCGUUGUUGCUAUUGCUGUUAGGCCUGAGCCUGCACAGCGCGUGCAUCACGCGAGCGAACGUCGCCGGCCAACAUGAUGGCCAGGACAAUGGUCACGAUGAUCCUCUGUUGGUGGAGACUACGAGCGGUUUGAUGCGCGGUUUCUCCCGUACAGUGCUUGAACGCGAGGUCCACAUAUUCUACGGAGUGCCGUUCGCGAAACCUCCCGUUGGUCCGUUGCGAUUUCGCAAGCCACUGCCGAUCGAACCCUGGCACGGAAUUCUAAAUGCUACCACAUUGCCCAACAGUUGCUAUCAAGAGCGUUACGAGUAUUUUCCUGGCUUCGAGGGCGAGGAAAUGUGGAACCCAAACACUAACAUCUCUGAGGAUUGUCUUUAUUUAAACAUAUGGGUGCCACAGAAGUCACGUCUACGCCACAAACCGGAGUCACAGGACAGCGCCGGUAAUAAUGGCAUGGCGAUAUUAGUAUGGAUCUACGGUGGUGGCUUCAUGAGUGGUACUGCCACACUGGACGUUUAUGACGCCGAUCUUAUGGCAGCGGCUGGCAAUGCAAUAAUUGCAUCGAUGCAGUAUCGAGUCGGUGCUUUCGGCUUUCUGUACCUCAAUCAGCACUUUACCAACAGCGAGGAGGCACCGGGCAAUAUGGGCCUUUGGGAUCAAGCUUUGGCUCUUAGGUGGUUGCGCGAAAAUGCGCGCGCUUUUGGCGGCGAUCCCGAUUUGAUUACAAUUUUCGGCGAAUCCGCAGGCGGCAGCUCGGUAUCUCUACAUCUGAUCUCACCAGUUACGCAGGGUCUAGUACGCCGGGGAAUUCUCCAGAGUGGCACUCUGAACGCUCCAUGGAGCUACAUGACCGGCGAAAAGGCGAAUGAAGUGGCUCGAGUAUUAGUAGACGAUUGCGGAUGUAAUUCGACAAUGCUACAGGAAAACCCGGCGCGAGUUAUGGCCUGCAUGAGGUCGGUGGAUGCAAAAACCCUCUCCGUGCAACAGUGGAAUAGUUAUAGGGGCAUCCUCGGUUUCCCAUCGGCGCCCACUAUUGACGGUGUCUUUCUACCUAAGGAUCCGUUGGAUUUGGUCAGGGAGGCGGACUUCAAGGACACCGAGAUCCUGAUUGGAAAUAACGAAAACGAAGGAACGUACUUUAUUCUGUACGACUUUAUUGACUUCUUCGAGAAAGAUCAAGCCAGUUUUCUGGAACGAGACAAGUUUCUCAACAUCAUUAAUACCAUUUUCAAGAAUAUGUCGCAAAUCGAGCGAGAAGCCAUCAUUUUCCAAUAUACCGAUUGGGAUCAGAUAAACGAUGGCUACAAGAAUCAGAAAGCCGUAGCGGACGUCGUGGGCGAUUAUUUCUUCAUUUGUCCAUCCACGCAUUUCGCUCAGUUAUUUGCGGAUCGUGGCAUGAAGGUCUACUAUUACUUCUUCACGCAGAGGACGAGUACCAAUGUAUGGGGCGAAUGGAUGGGUGUGAUGCAUGGUGACGAGGUGGAAUAUGUCUUUGGGCAUCCUUUGAACCAAUCUCUGGUAUACAACAGCAAAGAGCGAGAUCUAGCUUCCAGAAUAAUUCGCUAUUUCUCGCAAUUCGCAUACACGGGGAUACCGACGCUGGAUGAGGGCGAUUGGCCGCCUUACACUAGGGACCAACCGCAAUACUUUAUUUUAGACGCGGAGAAGAAAGGUUUCGGCAAAGGUCCACGGACGACAGCCUGCGCAUUCUGGAAUGACUUCCUGCCGCGGCUAAGGGGGAUUCCCGAUCCUACGCCCGAAGCGUGCAAAGGCACAAUAGCAUCGAGCGUUUUAGCGAGUGCCGGCGAGAUGCGUGGCUCACCGAUCGUGUCCAUCCUCUUACUUCCGGUGCUGGCGGUAUAUAGAUUCAUAUAAGUAAUUAAUCAUCUAUGUCAACAAACCCUUUACACGGCUGGCAGGUAUCCGGCUGGACAAAAACGCUCCACCGUUUGGCGCCACCGUCCAACAAACAGGUCCUAUAACGAGCGUUGUUUACACUUCAAGGUCGCAUUAGCGAUCGUUAAACAUUCGUAGAUCGAUAUAAGCCCACCAUAGGACGUACAGUUAUCGUCCAGCAGUAGUUCGUUUUCAUUGUGUCGUUGUUACGUCACCGGCACCGAUAGCACAGCGCGACGUUUGCGAAUGAUAAUCAUGAUGCCCUUGGUUGACCGGGGGUUUCGCUUCGAGAUAGUCGAUCGAUCUAGACAAAGAUCGCACGAUCGUCGAUAGAAAAUCCGUAAUAAAAUUCCGUUGAAUGAUCGACGUCAGCAGAAUCCGAUUCGCACAUCUGAGUUGUCUCUCCACUUUUAUCUCGUGCAGCCGCGCGCAUUGAUCCGAAUUCUAAUAAUUCUUUCUCUCUGAUUCACUGUCUCUUGCAAAAUUUGCUCUCAUUGAUUCUCAUCGAUCUCUCGAUCGAUCUCAUCGUAGAUUUGAUUGUUAGUGCGAGAUACAAUUACUGCGACAAAAACUUGCACGAAUUUAUAUCGUAAUUUCUCGCGGCGCGGAAACUUUUAAAUUGAUUGUCACAAAUCAAACACGAGCAAUGGUUGUCGAAAGAUGAUCGAGCAGAUGCCUAAUUGAUUGUAAAAAUGGCGAUCGCCAAAAAAAAAAAAUCCAAUUAGCGAAUUCUUGAUACGGAUUCAAAAAAUGUGUCAUUUUCGCAACGAAAAUUAAACAAAGAUGAUGGUGAAUCAUUUUAUUUGAUGUUUAUUCGUGAUCUAAUCGUUUGCUUGGUCUGAACUUGUCGCAAGAAACCAACUGCUAUCAGUUGCAAAACACCUUGCAAUGUAUUUGAUCUCUUAGUUUGCGACAUAGUCAAUCGUCUAGCACGACUAAGUUGUAAACGCAAGACCAAUUUCAGGGUACGAAAGCGGGGAAGGGGAAGAAGCGACGAAGACGGUAAAUAACGAACGAAUAAGUAAUUAGCUGACGUAGAAGGAUUUGAAUUAUUAACUCCGAACUCAUUAAAUCGGAGAGCGACCAAGUAACGUCGAUUUUUACCGCGUUGAUCGCGAGAAAGACAUCCUUAAAAAAAAAAAAAAAUCUUUGAGCACACACUGCGCUGCUUUUAAUAAAAAAGCGAAAUUGAACUACACAACGAUAUGUAAAAUUUUCAUGUCCGCAAAAUUAAACGCACUUAUCCCGAGUCGGAAUCGAGAUACAUACAUUUUGUAAUUAGAUGAUUACAUUGAUUGUAUCUAUAUAUACAUAUAUUUGCUCUGACACAUUGACAGAAUAUAAUUCUUCGAUAAGAAAAGAGACUUGACGUGUAAUUAAACAUUUCGAUAAAUGCGCGAGUUUGAGCUUAUUGGGAAUAUGAUCCUUGAUCGUUGAUUGCAAUUAAAGUUUUACAAUAUAAAUAAAUUUGUUGUAAAAAAAAUAGAAUAUUUAAGAAAUAAUAUUUUAGAAAUAAUGGAUUAUGUCACUAAAAAACAAAAAAUAUCUACCGGUUUUACUAUAAGAGCGUAGUGUAGGCUUUACACAGUUAGAACAAUUUCCGUAGAAUAUUACUAUAAAGUAAAAUGAAUGAUUCCAUUUUGCAAUUAUAUUCUAGGCUAGACAACGGAAACAGUAAAACAUCAAUAAAUCAUUUGAUACACUGAAUCAAUUUUGGGAUUAUUAUGAUAAGAGGCAAACUUGAAGAGUUCUAAAAAAUAAUAACAAUCUGUUAAUUUUAGAACUGUCGUACAAACUGUCGGCGCUAAAUUGCCUCUGUGCAAUAAAUCAUUUCAUAGUUGACAAAGUCAACGAAGGGAAAAAGAAAAUUGACGGUAAGACCGAGAGAUAAUUCGCAUCUAAAAGUUAUAUUUUCAUUUAAGUGCUCAACGCGAUUUUGCAAGAAAUUUAACUUUUGCUCUUCAUAAUUUAUCACGCUAUAAGUUGCCGUAAAAUGAGCCGAGAGUGGAAGAUUAAUAAAUUCCCAUAGUAACUGCAUGAGAGAAAGCCGAGUGAGAGAGAGAGAGAGAGAGAGAGAGAGAGAGAGAGAGAGAGAGAGAGAUAGAGCGCAGGCAGCAGUGAGAAAUCCAUUGUUACAAAAUUUUCAAUUUCAAAGUAAUUAAAAUAACUUGGGAUCCCGUUAUAAGAUAAAAUAUGUUCUACAUUAAAAGUGUGAAAUUAUCAUCUUAUUGUUUUCAACGCUUUGUAAGGGUUUUCAUAUGUAUAGA